GCAUGGUUCCACUGGGAAUAACGAGGGCUCUGAUUCGCUGGCUGAAGAGAUCAUCACCCCAGAGAUCCGAGAGAAGCUGAUCAGACUGCAGCAUGAGAACAACAUGUUGAAGCUGGCCCAGGAGGGGUCCGAUAACGAGAAGAUCGCUCUGCUGCAGAGUCUACUGGAGGACGCUAACAGCAGGAAGAAUGAACUGGAGACAGAAAACAGACUGGUGAACCAGAGACUGAUUGAGGGUCAGAGUCAGGUGGAGGAGCUGCAGAGGAAUCUUCAGGAACAGGGCUCCAAAGCAGAGGAUGUGAGUACCACUAAACUGAUCUCAGAUCAGACCAUCUUCAGGAACAGGGCUCCAAAGCAGAGGAUGUGAGUAGCACUAAACUGAUCUCAGAUCAGACCAUCUUCAGGAACAGGGCUCCAAAGCAGAGGAUGUGAGUACCACUAAACUGAUCUCAGAUCAGACCCUCAGCCCAUCUUCAGGAACAGGGCUCCAAAGCAGAGGAUGUGAGUAGCACUAAACUGAUCUCAGAUCAGACCCUCAGCCCAUCUUCAGGAACAGGGCUUCAAAGCAGAGGAUGUGAGUACCACUAAACUGAUCUCUGAUCAGACCAUCUUCAGGAACAGGGCUCCAAAGCAGAGGAUGUGAGUAGCACUAAACUGAUCUCAGAUCAGACCAUCUUCAGGAACAGGGCUCCAAAGCAGAGGAUGUGAGUAGCACUAAACUGAUCUCAGAUCAGACCAUCUUCAGGAACAGGGCUUCAAAGCAGAGGAUGUGAGUACCACUAAACUGAUCUCUGAUCAGACCAUCUUCAGGAACAGGGCUCCAAAGCAGAGGAUGUGAGUAGCACUAAACUGAUCUCAGAUCAGACCAUCUUCAGGAACAGGGCUCCAAAGCAGAGGAUGUGAGUACCACUAAACUGAUCUCAGAUCAGACCCUCAGCCCAUCUUCAGGAACAGGGCUCCAAAGCAGAGGAUGUGAGUAGCACUAAACUGAUCUCAGAUCAGCCUCUCGGACCAUCUCACCUGCUGCUGUUUUAUAGAGACGGUUUAUUACAUUACAACGAUCAGAACAACUAUUAAAGAAUUGGAAACUACAGAACCUGUCAUCCUGGGGGGUGUUCACAUUACACUACAGAACCCCCUGUCAUCCUGGGGGUGUUCACAUUACACUACAGAACCCCCUACAACACCCUGUCAUCCUGGGGGUGUUCACAUUACACUACAGAA